GGCUGACUGGGGGCGGUUGAGAACCCGUGCGCCUCAACCGCUAAGAAAAGGCCUCGAGUCGCGAACCGCGUAAACCCGCCUCCCACCUCUCCACAUGGCCAAAUCUCGCAAAUCCCAAUCCCGCCAUUUCUGCCUCUUGCACGCGACGCAAACCCGCCCACCACCUGGCCCCUCGCUUCUUUCUUGCUCCAGGUGGCACAAUUGCCAUCUUUCCCUUCAUUUACCCUGAUGGACGUCGAUGCGUCCUCCGUCCCGGCGCGACUCGACCAAGGCCGCGUCGGAGACGAAAAUGCCACGACAUUCCCGCUCUCAGCACCCGACCGACCCAGCGACGACGCCAGCAGAACCCAACUAGACAAGGAUGCGGCGCCGAGUAAAGCCGGCGAGGGGCCUAGGCUAUAUAGCAACGACGACGCGGUCUCGCCCCGAGCGCAUCGUCCCACCCCCAGCUUCUCCCUGCGCGAUCCUGCUUCGACAAUCGUCGCCAAUCCUCCCCGGACAACCGGUUAUUCUGCCCUGCUCCCAAGCGAAUCCGGCGACCACGCCAGCCCGCAUGACGCCCAAUCGUCGCAAAAACACCAACAGCCUCCUCCCCACAGCAGCAAUUCCCAAGGGACGACGAGCACCUCCCACGAAAGCGACCGGAUAUUUACCCCGCCAUUCAGCGAGGGUGGCCUGAGUAACGGGCACGGGGACGGGCAGGACUCGAGCCAGGAAUCCCAGCUUCUGCAGCUGUCCCAACUCGUUGCGGCCCAGGAGAAGAUGCCCGUUUCCGAUGCCCACAUGAGUGCCCUGUCGCGGAAGCGUAUGGCCGACGGCGCGGUCAAGCACUCGCGAGAACGGUCCAGCGCGUCUCCCGUGUUUACCGGCGGCCACUCCAGGAACACAAGCACCGUCAGUGUUGCCUCGACGGCGGGCAGUCGUAUUGGCGAGUUAUCCGCCGAGCUAAAGACUCGCCUGUCGUAUGCUCUGGUCAAGGUCAAUCACGGAUGGCAGUCUCACUCGAUUGACCAGGUUGAGAACUUGGCCUCGCAAGCCGCGUCACCAACCUCCAGCAAUUCGACAAUUCAUCUUCGCCUCGGUUCUUCUGCCAGUCCGCAGCUCUCCAACUCGUCCCAGCAGGGCAACAACUUUGCCCCCGCCACCGGCACCAGUCAUCAUUUGGGCAGCCGAGGCGCCGACUCUGCAUGGCGAGAAAGUCCCCAGAUACGAACUCACGACCCCCCGGCUUCUCCCCAGAAGCCCAUUCUAACCCUUGCUCCGCCCGUCUCCAUCCAGCCCUCCCGCCAUCUCCAGAAUCCGCGCCGAAACUCGAACGCCAGGCAUGCUCCAACCUUGAUGCCCGGCAGUCACCUUGCAUCCCCGAAUACCGCACCCCACACUCCCGGCCAGCCGAGCCCAUAUCUUGCAUCUCACCAGAGGACGCCAAUUGUCGACCCCAUCCUCUUCUCGCCGCACCAGACCCCCCACCAAGCCGUCCGAGAACAAGACGCCAUGGAAGCCCUCCUGUUCAUGAGCAGUCCCGGCAACUCUGCCAACCUCAAACACUCCUUCCCGCCUUCCUCGUCGCACCCAGCCCCGUCCCGGACCGGCUCGCAAAGAACCGCGCUCCCGGGCUCACAGCCGAGGAAAAGCCUCCCAUCCGGCCGACCAAGCCAACAGCAACAGUCGCAAUCUCAGCCCAUCCCAAAGCGCGUCGGGUUCGAGAGGUCCCCGGGCAACGCGGGCGGCGACAUGGACGUCGACGACGUCCACGCGCGUCACACCCCGAGGCGGAAGGUUGGCGGCGGUGGCGGCCACGGGGGCGAGCAGCUGGGCCCCAGGCUCAAGCACUUCCCCCUCUCGGCCGGUCUCACCGCGCCGUCGUCGUCGAGGCCGCGGCCCCGGCUGGCCGACGAGGACAUCGACCGCAUGCUCGACCGGGCCGCCGCCGCCGACGACAGCUCAGACUCGGAGGGGGAGAUACAGAUACCGCGGCGGGAAGGGGCACAUGUGGUGGGCGCUUAAUCGGGGGUUGGCGUGAAGUGUGAAC